AUGGAGAAAUACGUUGAAUGGGGGCGAAGAUAUUCGCACCAAUUAGCUAAUAAAUUUGCAUUCUACAUCUACGACCAAUCAUACGUUAGCACGGCAUUUCUAUCCUAUGCCACGGUAAUUGUGCUGGCUGUCAGUUUGGUUUCUUUGGGAAGUUACAGUACUAUUGAGAGACCAAAAAACGCUAAAAUAGCGAACGAGAAACAUCCCUUAUUUGAUCAAUCCGAUCGCGAUGAGACAUCCAUACCUGAAGCAACCAUUGACGAGACUCAUGCAUUUGCCAUGCCAGUAUUGGCCGGUAUUGCUCUCCUGGGCUUGUAUUUUGCCAUACGAAAUUGGGAUAUCGAAAAAAUCACAAGAAUGUUGAACGGCUAUUUGAUCAUCGUGAGUGUCAAAGCGAACUCAUUUGUGAUCUCCUAUUUGAUAAAAGUCGCUGCUCGCAAGUUGUGUCACCAAUUCGGUUUUGAUUCGCAGCGAUUUGUUAAAAGAUAUGCUUUAACUUUAUCGCGGGACAUUUUAUUUCACUCUGCAGGAGUAGAAGAAAACUUCUUACUUCCGGACUCUACAGAAGCCGAGAAAGUAAUCAAAAGUGAGAUGCUUUUGAGGUCACGUGUAGAUAUCAAAAAGGAGAGUCAAUUGUUCAAUUACUACUUUUCCACAGCGGACAUCUACGGUUGGGUCUUUGGAGUUUCUUUCUCCAUUGUGUUCGCUUUACUAGAUGGCAAAAAUAAUUGGAUUCUAAGCAAUAUAUUCGGCGCAUCUUUCACAAUAUUUAGCCUUUCCGUGAGCAGAUUACCUAGCUUCAGGCCAGCAUUAAUCUUGCUGAUUCUCUUCUUCAUCUACGAUAUUUAUUUUGUCUUCGGAUCUGACGUCAUGGUUAAUGUUGCUACCAAAAUUGAUAUACCUGUCAAAAUGCUUGUUCCUAGUAAGCUGUCCAGCAAGGAUAAUGAGAUUCAAAUGUCAAUCUUGGGUCUGGGAGAUAUGAUCGUCCCCGGUUUAUUUGUCUCGCUUUGUCUGAGAUAUGACCUAUUUAGAUAUCAUGAGUUGCAUCCCGGCACAGAAUUUCAUCAUCUCCAAAAAUUUGAUAAGCCAUAUUUUUACAGUGCUCUGGCCGGCUAUACAAUAGGGCUUGUAUCCACGGUGACGGUAUUACAUGUUUUCAACCGUGCGCAGCCGGCACUAUUAUAUCUGUGUCCUUGUAUUAUUUUAUCAACAGUAUCAACGGCCCUAUAUCGAGGUGAAUUGAAGAGUUUUUGGGAAUACAACGAGGAGGAGAAGACCGCCAUGGUGCAACAGCCCAUUGAAUUUACCUGUUCUCAAGAAACGCUUCUCUUGGCGGGGCCUUUGAUUUCCAGUGAUGACGAAGAUGAAGACUACACUCCGGAAGCAAUUUCAGACUCCGACUGCUAG